AUGUCAGAGAACUCCGGGUGUGAGCUGGAGAUCGACGUGGAGAGCCUGGAGACCGAGAACGAAGAGCUGGCCGACUCCUCCGAGCGCCCCGGCUCUCCGCAGCUCGGCCACGCCGCCUCAGAGGACGACUGCCCCGGCACCAAGAUCCGCGACAGGGCGGGCCCCAUGUGCGCGGGUGACCAGAGGAAACUGAGCCGCACGCCGAAGUGCGCCCGCUGCCGCAACCACGGCGUGGUGUCCUGCCUGAAGGGCCACAAGCGCUUCUGCCGCUGGAGGGACUGCCAGUGCGCCAACUGCCUGCUGGUGGUGGAGCGGCAGCGGGUGAUGGCGGCGCAGGUGGCCCUGAGGAGGCAGCAGGCCACGGAGGAUAAGAAAGGCAUAUCCGGGAAACCAAUUCCUGCAGAGAGGAGGACAAUAUAUCAGCGACACAUCCGACCGUCCACCAUGCUCGCCAAAAGCAUCCUCGAAGGAUAUCGCCCGGUGCAGUCUGAUCCAUUCCUGGCAGCCAACCCGUCUCUUCCCCCACCGCUGAGCGACCGCAUGAGGAAGAGAAGGGCUUUUGCAGACAAGGAGCUGGAAACCAUCAUGCUGGAGCGGGAGUACAAAGAACGAGAGCUGAUGGAGAACAACCAGGGAGCUCCAGGCUCUCUCCUCUUCCCCAACGGCUUGGUCCACCACUCGUCUGAGUACAACUCCUACAAGACGGCCUACUCGCCGGCAGCUCCGGUCGAGCCGCAGCCCAAAGAGCUGUGCAGCUUCCUCACCCCUAACUGCCUGGAUCUGGGCAUGCAGUACCCCUCGACCCCUGGGAACGUCGAGCUCAUCUCCUCCAACGUCAGCGUGGCGACCACCUACCGCCAUUACCCGCUGCAGCCGUCGCGAGGCGGCUUCGUGAUGUGGCCCCGCGGCGCAGCCAACCUGGGAGACGCUCUUCUGUACCAGCAGUGCCUGUUCAACGCCACGGCGGUGCAGAACAUGAAGCCUGGCGCUGUGUGGGAGCCCAAAGCGAUGCCCGCUGAGAGUCAGCCACCAGAGCAGGAGGCCGCGGCUGCGCUCGCUGCUAAAUUGGAGGGAUCCCGAGCCGCUGCUGUGCAGGACUUAUCAGACCCUCAGAGGCCCGAUCCCAAACCUCCUGCCGUGACCCAGGGGGAGCAGAGGGAGUGCUCGGCCUUCUCUCCUCCUAAGAGGAGCUUUGGACAAUCUUUCCCCAACCACCCUCAUUCCCAAAACUCCAGCCAAGUCCUCAACAAGUUAAGCAAGGACAAUGCUAAGCCUUCCAUGAAACUCAACUCCUUUCACUCCCUCAUCCAGCACUCGCUGAGUGAAAAAGCCAGCGGCGGGUCCGGGCCAGAGCUCAGAGCUCCGUACUGCAAGGAGCUGUUAGAGGAGGCGGCCCGCAAGUACAGGGAGAGCUCUGCCAAAGACUUUCAGGCGGUAAAACUCACAGACAGGUAUGCCAAAGACUUUCUGUCGAAGCCUGUAGGGACCAAGAUGGCGCCCAGCGAGUCUCUGUCCUUCUCUGUGGAGGCCAUCCUGAAACGGCCCACGCCCGCCAUAAGUCGAGCAUUCCAUUAA